GAAUUAACCUUGUACUGAAUGUCUAAUAUGAGCAUGCGCAGAAGCAUUGUAGGAUUUUUUUAAAUGAAAGCCGCGGAAUAAAGCCACAAGAUGAGCUGGCUAACAGAUGAGUGGAAGGAUGGACUUCCCUCUCGGGCGCUCCAGAAGAUAGCUCAGAUAGAGGCCCAGAAUGAAAAAAUGAAGAAGGAACGAGAACAGAAGCAAUUCCAGUUUGAGAGCUUAGAACAGGCAUUACAAGUGCAAAAGAGGAAAGUAGAAGAAGAGAAGAACAAUCAGUCAUCCUUAAAGAGGGAGAACCAGACAUUAUCCGAGUCAUGUCAGGAUAUAGAAAACAAGAGACAGAAGCUGGCCCAGGAACUACAGUCAAAAGAGAACCAGAUAUCUUGUCUGGACGGCAAACUCUCACACAACAAGGCACAGCUAGACACAGAAACCGCCAAAAUAAAUCAGCUACAGUCUGAAUUAGAGCGGCUACAGCGAGAAAACGAUGAGUUAGUGAAGAAGAUGGAGAAGAUGACUGGAGACCACGGGAAGCUACAGGAGUACAGCAAACAGCAGAAAGGUCAGCUGGACCAUCAGCAGGAGAGGAUCCGGGCCCUGGAGAUGGACCUCAGGAGGCUCGGGGACAGCUGUGACAAGAUACCAGGCACCGGAGCCGCAACCUCAACAGCUAGUGAUAACCUUCUACAGCUGGAGAUAAAGAAAUGGAAGGACCUCCACGAACAAGAUUUGACAAAGAUUGAAAACAUGAAACUAGAGUAUGAUACAAUGGCAAAACAGGCAGAAGCACAGAUAGAAAAAUUAAAGGAGGAACUGAGAAAAAGCCACACACAGAAUACUGAAUCUCAGCUCAAACUGGACAAUUUAAAUCUUCACCAACAGAAGAGUCAGUCUGCAGCCCUGGGAGCCACACAUAGCCAAAACUCGUACAACAAACCUCAGAACGGACACCAGAGGGAUAAUGAUAUAUUCGGAACCUCUCAGAACGGACACCAGAGGGAUAACGAUAUGUUCGGAACCUCUCAGAAUGGACACCAGAGGGAUAAUGAUAUAUUCGGAACCUCACAAACACAGACCAAACCUAGGAUCGAUCAUGACAUUUUUGGGACGUCACAGUCACAGAAUGGAGGGCGACAACAACAAGUCUCUUGUUUACCAGGUAAUACCACAGGUAUUUCAGACUGUGAUUGGAAGACUAACCUCCCACCCCAGGGACAGAAGUUUUUACAACAGCUGGAGGGACAGGUGGAGAAACUGAAGAAAGAGAGGGACCAGAAACAGUUCCAGAUAGACAGUCUGGAGCAGGCAUUAGAAAUUCAGAAGAGGAAGGUGGAGGAGGAGAGAAAUGCUGCUUCUUCACUGAAGCGAGAGAUUCAGCAGCUGUCGGAGUCAUGUGAGGAGCUCGAAAAAACGCGUCAGAAGAUUUCACAGGAGAGUCAGACGAAAGACAACCGCAUCUCGUGUCUAGACGGACAGCUGUCUCACACCAAGGCUCAGCUAGACACCCAGACUCAGAAAGCCUCUAAGCUGGAGUUGGAGCUUGAGAAGAUAAAGAACAAUCAGCAGGACAGCUCCCAUAAAGUGGACCAGCUCACAGCAGAGAAAGCCAGACUACAGCAGCAGGUGGACUCCAUGACACAGGAGGUCCGACAAACUCAGGAAAUAGUCAGUGCCUUAAAGAAAAAAGAAGUUAAUGACCAGAAAAAACUGGAGGAGAAAGAAUCUGAGUUAUACAAUGUAAAAUCUGAGCUGAAGAUCACCAAAGACAGCCUAGCAGAGAAAAACAAACAAAUGACUGAUGCACAGAGAAGCUGGAGUGCUACUGAGGAGAAACUGAGAGCUUCUCUGAAUGAACAUGAAAUUGAGGCUAAAAAAUACAAUGAUAAUCUCUUCAACAAAGACAAAGAAGUCAAGGACCAACAGAAUGAACUCCGAGGUUUACAGAAACAGAUAUCAGACAGCAAGGCUAUUCUGGAAAGAAAGGAGAAGGAAAUCAGCCAACUUAACUUUGUCCGGGAGUGGCAGCAGGGAGAGCUAGACGAGUUACAGUCAAAGCUCAAGAAACACCAGGAGGAUUACCACUGUCUACAGACCAAACACGACCAGCUACACUCCAGUCACCUCUGUACCCUCAACCAGCUGCAAGAGAUGAAGAAAGAGACGGAAGCCAAGGACAAAGCCAUGUCAGAACAGCAGGCUAACUUUGAUACACUGCAGACUCAGAUGUCUGAGAAAGAGUCCAGCCUACAGAGCGAGAUCAGUGAGCUUCACACACAGUUAGCUCAGGCUCACUAUGCCACCGAGACAAAGAACAAGGAAAUCACAGCCUUGGAGAUGCAGGUGCUCUCCGUUCAGAUGCAGUGUGACUCCGCUACCCAGGAUUCCCAAAAAAGAUUAGAGGAGGCGGAGGGUAAAGUGGCGGAAUUAACAGAAGUCAAAGAAAAGCUGAUUGACAUAGAGAAUUCUAAGAAUGAAGAGUUGAGAAAUUUGAGGUUGAGGUUUGAAGAGGCAGAGCAGAAUGUCCAGAAAGCAUAUGCCGAUCUGGAGACUUUACAGUCAGAGAAAAAAGAAAGGGAUUCAGAAUGUGUGGAUUUACAAUCCAAAUUACAGCAAGUGUCUGAUGCUCUCCAUGAUAAGGAAAAGGAACUGAAUAAAGUCUCAAAAGAUUUGUCUGAACUGCAGGAAAACUCAGGCAGAGAGCAUGAUAAAUUGACAACAGACCUGGAGAAUCUGAAGCUACAGUUCGGAGAUUUAUCUGAGGAGAGAGACAAACUGAAGGAGGCUAUUAACAAGAAGAAUGCAGACAUCACAGAGUUAGAAAAUGAAUUGAAAGAGAAGAGUAAUGAAAUAAAGAAUUUGAGCUUACAAUGUGAUGAGUUGAGAAAGGAAAACGAGGAUUUGGCAGCAGAGAGCUCCACCAUACAAAGCCAGCUGAGCCAGGCCAAUGAUGCCCUGACAAGUAAGUCAGCGGAGCUGGAGGAAGUCCGUACCAGACUGGAGACAGAGAACCGCAAACUCAUAUCAGACCUCACAAACAAACAGACUCAAGUGUCGUACAUGAACGAACAAAUUAAGAAGAUGAAAGAAGACAAGGAGAAACAUUUACAAGCAUUGCAGGUCAAAUCACAGGAAAUCAGUAAAUUAGAGAAUGAAAUUGAAACCCUGGUAGCUGAGAAAGAAAGUAUUGGAAAAUUAUCUGAGGGAUUCAAGGAUGUAGAGAGGGUCAAGAAUGAAGAAAUACAGAAACAAGAGAAACAAAUUCAGCAAUUAGAGUCUAUUGUUGAAAACAGGAAAAGUGAAAUACAGACCUUGCAAUCUGAACUUGAUACAGUGAAAAAAAACCUGUCUAAAGAACUUCAGAAACUCUCUGAUGAAAAUGAAACUCUGUCUGUGAAACAGUCAUCCCUGAUUGAAAACCAUGACAAAUUAGAACAAGUCCUGAAAGAGAAAAAUAUAGAAUUGGAAAAUGUGAGGAAAGAUCUUGCUGACAAGCAGACAGAAAUUCAGACUCUUCAAAACGCAAAUGAAACUUUGAGUGAGAGUCUAGCUCAGAGUGAAGCACUUUUGAAAGAUCUUCAAUGUAAACUUGAACAAGAAGAUGAAGUUGUUAAUUCAAAAUCUCUUGAACUCUCAUCAGCCUUGAAAGAAUUAGAACAAAUAAAGCAGACUGCUGCUAAUGAACAGCAAAAUCUGGCCACUCAAGUAGAGGAACUGGAGAAAACUAACAAAGAUUUGAUGGAAAACAAAGAACAUUUAAAGGAAUCUGUGGAGUCUCUAGAAAAAGAGAAGGAGAAACUGCAAACUUCUAUCAAAGCUCUCCAAGACGAGCAGACAACAUUGUGUUCACAACUGGAGAAGAGUUUACAGGAAUCAACAGAACAAGCCACGAGGUUAGAGGAAAUGUCCAGAAGUCUUCAACAAGCCAAUGAGGCUGUGUCAAUGAAAGAUAGUGAGGUGGGAAAGCUGAGGGAAGAGUUAAGAUCUCUGAAGGAGGAGACUUGUCUAGAAAUGGAGAAAAGAGCACAAUCUUUACUACAGCAAGAAAGUGAAAUAAAGGCUCUGAAGGAACAGUGCCUCAAUUUAGAGCAGGCAUGUGGGGUCAAGGACAGUCAAAUAUCAUCCUUACAAACAAAGCUAAGUGAGCACCAACAAACACUGAAUGAAUUACACAGCAGUUUGGAUAAAGAAACAGAGAAGGUUAAUGAUGUGGAAGCUGAAUUAAAGGAUUUAAGAACAAGGAGCAGCCAGGCAGAGGAACUGAUGAAAGAAAAGGAAACAAUUAUAGAUUGUCUGCAAAAAGAAAUAAAGGAAUCAGAAAAUAAAUUCUCAUGUGACAUGGCAAAACUCACAGAUAAAAAUUCAGAACUCAAAGUUAAGUUAGACGAGUUAAGUUCAGAAAAAGCAAAAGGACAGGAACUAAUCGAGAGCACUUCAUCUCAGAAGGAGGCUCUAGCUGUGGAAUUAAAGCAAAUGAAGGAAGACCUGCAGAAAAUGGAGGCCAAGCACGAAAUGUUGCAGAUGGAUAUGGAGGACAAAGAUGAGUGUAUAGAGGCACUAGAACAGAAAGUGUCCAUGAUGGAAGAAUCUGUGGAAAGCUUAAAGUCACAGGCUGAGGAAAAAGACUGGGAUAUAACCUCACUGAAAUCUGAAGUAGAGGAGGUCAGUGGAAAAUUGGAUUCACAAAUGAAUAUGAAUGAGGCUUUGGAAAAACAACUGAAUGAGAGCAAACUUCACUGUGAGCAGCAGACGUCAGUGCUAGAAAUGGAGCGGUUGUCCCUGGGGAAGAAAUCAGAGAGCAUUGAACAGCUACAGCAGGAGUGUGAGGAGUUGAAGCUAAAACUGAAGUCUGCUCAAGACAGUGAGUGUGAGAAAGCCACUCUACUGAAGAAGGUUCAGCUUAAUGCUGAUGACCUUGGGAAAUCUCUUGAAAAGUACCAGGUGGAAUUAAAAGAAAGUAAAGAAAAUAUAAAAACAUUGGAAUCAAAAUGUGGCAUGCUUCAAGAUCAGUGUACAGACAAAGAUCAGAGUCUGGCAGAAAAACAAGAAGAAAUGAACAUCCAGAUAGCUCAUAUUAGUACACUGGAGGAGACUGUAGCUAAGUUACAAGAAAGGUUGAACAGUGUGGAUGAACUGAACAUCAGCAAGGAUAAUAAAUGUGCUCAGUUGGCUGAAGAGUUAACUGAUUUACAGCGAGAGUUUCAAAUAAAGAUGGAACUAUUGGAGCAGCAGAAUCUGUCCCUGGAGACGUACACAGAGAAAUUUCAACAGCUAACACAGGAGUCAGAGGCACUGGACAGACAGAGAAGUAAAGAAACCCAGGACCUGCACGUGAAGUUACAGUAUAAACAGGAUAUACUGGACCGAAAGGUAGCCGAACUACAGAAACUGAAAACCUCGCUUGGGGAUAUGGAACACCUGAUAAAAUCAACACACAGUAGCCUGGAGAAGAAAACUAGUGAAAAUCAGACACUGCUCAUUCAGAUAGAGGAACUGGAAGGAGAGAUGUUCAAGUUGAAAGAAUCUCAGCAGGAGAAAGAGGCAUUACUUAAAUCUCAGAAAGAUGCAAACGAGUUCAUGGAAAUAAAAUUAAAGGAAACCAUUCAGUCAAAGACUCAGGCUGAGGAAAGUUUAGAUAAGGAAUCCUCAGAACUAAGAUGCAAAAUUGAAACCAUGGCAGCUGAAAUUGAGGAAAAGAAUGUAAAGAUAGAGCAUUUUCAUGGAGACAUGGAAGCCAACCAACUUCAGAUCCAGUCACUCCAAGCUCAAAUAGAGGAGAAGAGGAACCUGAUUUCAGAACUAACUGUUGUUAUUGAAACCAAGGAGACUUCAGUCACUGAACUAAAAGAACAGGUUAAAGAACUUGAAGAGGUUAAAUCAUCUCAGAACAGAGCACAAUUAGAUCAAAUUUUUGAAAAAGAUAAAGUUAUUGAAUCAUUAGAAGCCAGGAUUCUGGAACUUCAGGGUCACGUUGAAGAAAAACGUGAGCAACUGAGGAGAGCGGAGUCUGAUUUAGAGGUUCAGGUGGCUGAAUUAAAUAAAAGACUUGAACGUAGCCACCAGCAACUCCAGUCCUCAGAAGAGGAGGUCUGUCGUCUAAAGGAAGAACUCAAAGAAGCUUCCUCCAGAGAGCUGGAGAUUCUACAGAGACAUUCAGAGGCAGAGGGGGAGGCAUCACUGUUAUCCGCAAAGGUGGAGGAAAUCACCAAGCAGAGUGAAUCUCACGUGCAAAGUCUCCAAGAAAAGAUCUCAUUCCUAGAAAAAGAACUAUCCGAACUGACCACCAGCAGUGCUGGGUUGAAGAGAAAUGUUGAGGAACUGGAAUUCCAGAUGUGUUCAAAAGAGGAGCAGAACAGAGAACUUGAGGAGCUGAAAUCCAGGCUGGAGAGCGACCUGUCCGAAAAAGUGAAGAAAAUUGAAAAUUUAGAAGACCAGGUACAGGGACAAAUAUUACAGACACAGUCAGUCUCAGUGGAAAAAGAGCAACUUCAAAAUGAAAUGGAAUUAUCCAAAAAAGAGGGCGGUGAUCAAAUUCAAUCAUUAACAGAGAAGUUAGAAAAACUGGAGGGAGUAUUAUCUGAAAAGGAGUCGGUUGUAUCAGACUUGAGGGACAAGAUUUUAAAGUUACAAGAAGAUUACGAGGAAGGAGAGAAUGUGAAAUCUCUGCUGAGUGAAGAGAAGGAGGAGCUACAACAGAAAUUACUUCAGGUGGAGGAAAGACUGUCUGAGGUGGAAAUGCAGAGCAUUAGGACUGAAGACAGAAUGAAGGAUCUGACGUCUCAGGACACGAACAACAGGGAGCAGAUCAGUCAGCUGGAGGAGGAAAACAGAGCUUUACAGAACUCUGUGGAGGACCUAGAUGUGAUGAAAAUAGAACUGGCCGAAAAACUGGCUGAUACCGAUAGUAAGCUUCGUCAGAAAACAUCCGAGUGUGUAGAGUUAGAAAACAGCCUCCAGAGAGCCAGGGAUCAGAUAGAGACUUUAAACAGUGAGAACAAGAAACUUCUGGAGACCAGCGAAGAAAAUCUACUGAAGAUCCAAGAAGCUGAAAUCCACAUUAAAGCCAAAAAUUCUGAUGUUGCAGAUAAGGAUACCAUUUUAGCUGAACUGGAAAAUAAAAUAGAGGAUAUCAUGAAAGAAAAGGAAAACAUUUCCUUGCAAAUGCAGGGGGAUAUUGAUCAACUUUCUGCUGAUUUAGACUCACUGAAAGAGAAACUCUCUGAAGAAAAAGCCUGUAAAGAAGAGCUGCAAGCAAAGGUUAUCACUGUAACCGCCUCUUAUGAAGAAGCUUGUAAGAGGAUUGAAGAAUUACAGUCUGAAAUCCUGCAAUCAAAAGAAUCAGAGGAAAAAUUGAACAAUGUCCUGUCUGAAAAUAUCACACAGAUUACUGCACUUCAAGACCAAAUUCACGGUCUUCAGCAAAACAUUGACAUGCUAACAAAUGAAAAGACUAAUUUACAAAAUAGACUUCAAGAAUCUGAAUUAGUCAUCGAGUCAAGCCAGUGUUCUUCUGAGAGUGUGCAACAACAGUUAGAGGAAUUACAGAAAGAGAGGAUAGUGUUACAAGACUCUGUAGAAGCUCUUCAGAAACAGAACAGGGGCCUGGAAGGAAGGCAGCAUCAGUUAACAGAGGAAGCUGAAGCUGCAAGGAGAGAAAUGGAACAGAUGAACAUUACUCACAAUAACGAGAUGGAGAACAAACAGAUGAUCAUCAGAGAUCUAGAGGAGAAAAUGGAAGUAGUUAAAAGUCAGCUAGCUGACACUGAAGAGACGGAGAAAAGAAAGGCAGAAGAUUUUGAAACUGUGAAGCAAGAAUUGGAAGAAAUGAAUGAAAGACUGUGUACGAAAGAUAAGCAUAUAGAAGAUAUUGAGGAGGCUAGAAACCAAGAAAAAGAGAAAUCCACAGCAUUAGAAUCACAGGUCAGUGACCUUCACAUGCAACUUAAUACUGCCAAAGGCGAGAAUGAGCAACUGAGCUGUGAGUUACAGAAAGUGAAAGAAGAGUUCACCAAGAAGAUUGAAAUGAAUGAAGAACAACUUUUGUCAGCGAAAGAGAAAGAUCAAGAUAUUGCAAUGAUUAACAAAUGUCAUGAAGCAGAAAUGAACUCCAAAAUAAAAGAAAUAGAGGAGUUAGCAUCUCAAUUAGAAAGUUUGACAAAAGAAGUAGCUGAGAAGGAAAGUAAGAUUUCUGAGCUGAACUCGGAGAAGGUUUCUCUAGAGGAUGAAUUGCACAACAUGAGGAGUUACGUCAGUGGUUUGGAGAAGGAGAGAAGUUCCCUGGAGUCACAGAUCAGCGCUUCACAAUCAGAACUGCAGUGUACCCAGACUUUUACCCAGAAUGCUCAGCAGGAGAUAGACGAUGCCAAUGAACAGUCAAGAUGUCUGCAUGAAACUGUACAGAGGUUAGAGACAGAGAACCAGGAAAGUGUCGGUAAGAUACAACAGUUACAGAUAGAGAACCAGAGACUGCAGAUAGAGGCAGAGGAGAAGGAGGCAAGGCUGAAGAGUGACCUGGAGGAACUGCAAGAAAAUUGUCUUCAGCAGCAGACGGAAUUAGAAUUCAAUAAACAGAGCCAGGAGGAGCUGAGAGGUAAGGCUGAGGCGAUGGAGAGCAGGGUCGCUGAGGUGGAAGAAGAGCUGUCCAGAUCCAGAGAACUUCUGUCACAGCUUCAGGAGAAGUUAGAUCUGAAGACAGCUGAACUGACAGACACCAAAGAAAAAAUGGUGGACUGUAAGGAAGUACAAAAAAUUGAAAACGAAAACAAGGAAUUGAAAGAAAAGAUUGAUUCUUUGUCAAAAGAACUGGAACAAACCUACUCAGAGUUAGAGUUGAUGAUUGUGGAGAAAGGGGAAGCUCUGCAAGAUCUUGAUAUGGUUAGACAGGAGAAAGAACAGCUUAGCAAAGAAAUGAUCGAACUGAACGAAAGAAUCAACAAGUUACAGAUGGAAGUGGAAGAGAAGGAGGUCACUGUACAGGAACAGAAAGAGAGGCUGGUGUCGGUGACGGAGGAGUGUGGAGGAGAGGUGAUGGAGAUCAAACAGGUCAUCAGCUCCUCACUGGAACCCACCAUCGUGGAGUACCAGUCCAUCGUCAAGGAGAAGAAGAGGCAGAUCGUGGAGAAGGAAAACGAUUUGCUGAAUCUCCGAGGCAAGGUGACGGAAAUCAGCAAUAAGCUCAGCGAGAAAGAGGCCGAGAUUGCUGAAUUAUCAGAGACUUGUGAAAAAUUAACCAAAGAGAAGGAAGAAUUACAGUCAGACAUGGGAACUUAUCAAGAUGCCAUGGAAAGUUUGGAAAAGGAAAAUGAGGCAUUUUUAGCAGAGAAGAGUUUAUUAGAGUCUGAGUUAAAAGAAAUAUCAGCUGAAAGGGAUGAGUCUCUUCAAUUAGUGAAAGAAAUGAAAAACACUAUACAGGAGAUGGAAGUUAAUGAAAGGAAGAAAUCUGAGGAAGUAGAACAGCAGUGGAAAGAAGAGAAGGAGAAUCUGAACAAUAAGAUACUGUCCAUGGAUGCUGAGAUCAUGGAAUUAACAGAUAAACUGUACAGCCAGUCUCAGAAGGAUACAGCAGCCAAGGAGGACGUGGACAGGUUAGAACAGAAGAUUAAGGAGUACGAGGAGGAGCAUUGUAGAUACGAGAAGGACAUCCAGAAACAGAGGAACAAGGUGGAGGAACUGUCUACAGAGUUAAACCAGAAAAAGGAACAGCUAGCUUCCUCAGAGAUCAGAAACCAGAGUUACAAGGAGGAGAUGGACAAAUUAGAGAGGCUACUGAGGGAGAACACAGAGAAACUGGAGGAUGUGCAGGCUUGUCUAGGAAUCAAGGAUACAGAGACCAAGGACAUGGAGAGGCAGCUGACUGAUAAAGAGAAGACAAUCCAGGACCUCCAGCAGCAGAACUCCAACAAAGAGAAGGAGAAAGGGGAACUGCUGUCGGAGUUCCUGAUUCUGGAGGACCAAAAGGCAGAACUGGAAAAGAGGAUAGCCACCAUGGAAUUAGAGCUUGCUGAUGCAAAGAAGGAAAAAAUCAGAAAGGCAGGAGAGGAGAUUGAAAAGCUAAGGAUUGAGCACCAAGAAGAAGUAGCGAAACUUAAAGGACAAAUACAAACAGAAUGUAGCAAACAAAUGGAGAUGGAAGAACAACAUUCUAAGAAUCUGCUGGAAUUAAAAGAAAGCCAUCACAGCAAGCUACAAGAGCUACAAAACAAACACAGAGAAGACAGCAAAAAACUUCAAGAACAGUACGAGGCUGAGCUGAGUUUACUCAGGGACUCACUAUCCCAGAAUUCAACAGCUGAAGAGGAAGGAACUAGACUCAAAACCGAAAAGGAGAAGCUGGAAAAACAGGUAGAAAAGUAUAGAAAGAAGAUGGAAGCCAGCGAGAAGAAAGAGACUCAGCUCACAGAGAGAAUUGUGGAAUUAGAGUCAGAGAUUAGAAAAUCAAAGGAGCAGAGCAACAAGUAUGAUGAGUUCUUAUCUAAGUGGGAGAAUAAGUGUACUCGGCUUUCUACAGAAUUGACAGCAGAAAGGAAUAAGAAUCACAAACUAAAGGAGACUCUGGACAGCAAGAAAGUUGAACAAGAGGAGGAAGUCUCAACAUUAAAGACAGAAAUCACACAGCUACAACACAAGGUGGAAAAUCUGCAAAAGUCAAUUAAGACAGAAUCUUCACAGAAGCCUUCAGCUGCUAGGAAAGGAAUAUCAUUGUCCAGAUCACCAAGGUCAGCUGGUCAAUCUAAAGUGGACUCUGCUGGGGGCAGUAGUGGUCAGAUAAACUCUGUGGGAGGGGUCUCUAUUGUUAAGCCAGAGGCCAGGUUCCUACAGGUCCCAGGUAGGGGAGGUACACAGAAAUCUCCCAACAAAGGGAGGUCACCCCAAAACUCACAAACUUCUAAGUCUCUCUUCUCCAAAGAUAAGAUUCAGAGGAUUGGAGAGAAGAGUGCUUUUGUCGGCAGAAGUAAGUUUGAGCCAGUGACUAAGCCCAUAGGGACAAGUUCUAGUUCAUUUCAGCCAGUGACUUCAAAGACUGUAAGUAGUGCUAUAAAUACCGAGAGCAAUAAAACUUCAGUGACGAGUGUAAGACCUGUGAACUCUGUUAGUGCUACGUCAGACUCAGUGAGGACUAAGGGGCUCUGGAGUGUCCCCCAGUCACAGGGAGGGUCAGGUGUCUCCUCCAAUAAGGAAGGAUUAAAUGUUCCGGGAAAUACAGUACCGGAUUCAGACAGACCACGUCCUGGAGAGAAACGGUUGUCCUCAGAAACCCAGGAUGAUAUCGCACCAAAGAAAAGGAAGAGUUUGAAUGGUGUUGAAAAGCGCCCUCUGCAGACCAUCACAAACAGUCCAGUGAAGAAGAAAAUGGAGGAUGCUGAGGACAUAAGUUUGGGGCCCGCCAAGAGGGCACUUAGUCUGAAAAAGUCCCCCGCCCGGCCUCUCAAACCUCAGAAUGAAGUCACGUCAUCAGAGGAACCAAAAGAAGAUGAGGAUUGUGUUAUUCAGUGAUGGAUGUAGUACCAGUCACAGAAGGGAUGGGAGAUAGUGACGUCUGACUGCUCUCUUUGUAAACUGUGUAAAAGGCUUGGUGUGUACUGAAUGACUGUGUUUUAUUAACCAGUGCUGUUUGUGAGAUGUUGAGUGAUAUGAAUGGACUGGAAUCAUAAUACAUGUACAAUGUAGGUCAUUUGUUUUGUCUAUUUCCUGACAUUAUUGUUUUGUAAUCUACCAUGUUUAUAUGGAUAUCAUGAAGUAUUAAUUUACAGCAUCCGUUUUAUCACUUACGCUAUUUCCAGUUUAAAAAGAGGUUUGGAAAUAUGUGCAUUUUCAUUAUAAGAUUUUGCCAAUAGAUUUUAUCUGUAGAAAUUUUGAAAUUAUAUGAAUUUUAUUUAUUUUGUAAUGUUUAAGAAUUUUAUGUAUUACA